CUCUCUCUCUCUCUCUCUCUCACAGUCGCCAUGAGAACUCUAGAAAUCGAGGCUCAUCCCUCCUCUUCCAGGCAAAAGGACCAAAAUGCACUAAAAGAUCCGGAAAAUAACGAAGCCGACGACGAUGACGUGUCUCCCAUCGAGGAGGUCCGGCUUACGGUCAUGAACACGGACGAUCCGACGCUGCCCGUCUGGACCUUCCGCAUGUGGACCAUCGGCAUCUUAUCGUGCGCACUCCUCUCCUUCCUCAACCAGUUCUUCUCGUACCGUACGGAGCCGCUCAUCAUAUCGCAGAUCUCAGCUCAGGUGGCUUCCCUGCCCAUCGGGCACUUUAUGGCUUCGGUGCUCCCGCGGACGAAGUUCCGGAUCCCCGGGUUCGGGUCGAGGCAGUUCUCGCUCAAUCCAGGGCCGUUCAACAUGAAGGAGCACGUCCUGAUUUCGAUCUUCGCGAAUGCCGGGUCCGGGUUCGGGAACGGAUCGGCGUACGCGGUCAUGAUCGUCAACAUCAUAAAGGCCUUCUACGGUAGGAGUAUUACUUUCCUGGCGAGCUGGAUUCUCAUAAUCACUACGCAGGUUUUGGGAUACGGAUGGGCUGGGCUGAUGAGGAGGUACGUGGUUGACCCCGCGCACAUGUGGUGGCCGGGUACUCUCGUCCAGGUUUCGCUCUUUCGGGCCUUGCAUGAGAAAGAUGAAGGGCGCAUGUCCCGCGGAAAGUUCUUCCUCAUCGCGCUCAUCUGCAGUUUCUCCUACUAUGUUUUACCAGGCUACCUCUUCCCAACACUGUCGAACAUGUCGUGGAUCUGCUGGAUCUUCUCCAAGUCGGUCACCGCUCAGCAGAUCGGCUCAGGGAUGAAGGGCCUGGGCGUUGGGUCAUUCACGCUCGACUGGUCCACCGUCGCCGCCUUCAUGUUCAGCCCUCUGAUCUGCCCCUUCUUCGCCAUCGUCAACAUCUACAUUGGCUUCUUAAUGAUCAUAUAUGUGGUCAUCCCAAUCUGUUACUGGUGGUUGGACGUCUACAAUGCCAAGACAUUCCCCUUGUUCUCAUCGCACUUGUUCACAGCCAGCGGCCACCCUUAUAACAUAUCUGCCAUUGUCAACGACAAGUUCGAGAUUGAUAUGCCCAGCUACCAAGCGAUGGGCCGGAUCCAUCUGAGCAUGUUCUUCUCUCUUUCCUAUGGAUUUGGCUUUGCCACCAUAGCAGCCACAGUCACUCAUGUGUUUCUCUUCAAUGGAAGGGAGGUGUGGCAACGCUACCGGGCUUCUCACAACAACAAGGAAGACAUCCACACACGACUCAUGAGGAAGUACGAGGACAUACCCCAAUGGUGGUUCCACCUCUUGCUGGGCUUGAGCUUUGUGGUCUCUCUUAUUGCGUGCAUUGUCAUGAAGGACCAGAUUCAGAUGCCAUGGUGGGGCCUCAUCUUCGCCUGUGCUAUGGCCUUUGGAUUUACUCUUCCCACCAGCAUCAUAACUGCCACCACAAAUCAGACGCCAGGGCUGAACAUCAUCACAGAAUACCUCAUGGGUCUGAUAUUACCAGGAAAGCCCAUAGCCAAUGUCUGCUUCAAAGUCUAUGGGUACAUAAGCAUGACUCAGGCUGUUUCUUUCCUCUCUGAUUUCAAGCUUGGCCAUUACAUGAAGAUCCCACCUAGAUCGAUGUUCUUAGUUCAGUUCGUCGGCACCAUCCUAGCUGGCACAAUAAACCUUGCGGUGGCAUGGUGGCUCCUCAACUCCAUUGACAAUAUAUGUCAUGAUGAACUCCUUCCACCCAACAGUCCCUGGACAUGCCCGGGUGACCGUGUCUUCUUUGAUGCAUCCGUCAUCUGGGGCCUGGCGGGACCCAGGCGCAUAUUUGGCAAACUUGGCAACUAUGGCGCCCUCAACUGGUUCUUCCUUGGCGGUGCCUUGGGCCCAUUUCUAGUGUGGCUCCUACACAAGGCAUUCCCCAACCAGUCCUGGAUCCCCCUGAUAAAUCUUCCAGUCCUUUUGGGAGCAUCAGGCGCAAUGCCGCCGGCGACUGCAUUGAACUACAACUCAUGGGCAGCGGUUGGGACGAUAUUCAAUUUCUUCAUUUUCAGGUACAGGAAGAAAUGGUGGCAGAGGUACAACUACGUACUUUCAGCAGCACUGGAUGCCGGAGUUGCAUUCAUGGGCGUGCUGCUGUACUUCACUUUGAGCAUGGAGGGAAAAAGCAUGACUUGGUGGGGAGCGGAAGGUGAGCACUGUGAGCUUGCCACCUGUCCUACAGCCAAGGGCGUAGUGGUUGAUGGUUGUCCAGUAUUCUGAUAUUUAUUGCUUUUCUCUCCAUAUAUUCUCCCAGUGAUAUUACCUUGAGAUUCUAGGUUCUCCUUUAAGGAUUCAUCAGUUAAUAGAAGUUAGGAGGCCUUGUGGAUUGGCUUUGCUCUAGAAAGGCAAAGAGAAGGUUGGAUGGAGCUCAGAUGUUCAAAAUGCAAUUUGGGUUUGUUAUUAAAAUGCAAAGAAGAUGAAAUUCAGGUUUAAUUAGUGAUUGUUUCAGGAGGAUUAAAGUAGCUGCUUAAUAAGACUUGGUGCUUUUCUUCU